AUGCGUUCCCUAAUCGCAGGGAUUCCAAUCCCAUACCACUUGCUGAGCAUAUUUUGGACUGUAUACGCGGGCAAAACUGAGAUUGAUAAACAUCUCGAACUUGGUAAAACAUUUCUUGCGAAGGGACAAUUUGCCGAUGCUCUUACCCAUUAUCAUGCAGCAAUAGAACUGGACCCCUCGAACUAUCUUACCUUCUACCGGAGAGCAACCGUUUACCUUGCUAUGGGUAAGAGCAAGCAGGCUAUACCAGAUCUCGAUAAAGUUGUUGAACUCAAGCACGAUUUUACAGCGCUGGCAGUGGAACCUUCAAACACUGAAGUUUCAAAUAAACUUGACCUCAUUGCGGACCUUCGGCAGUAUAUCCAUCAAGCAAAGUCGUUCUACGAUCGUAAUGACCUGCACUCAGCCGAAUAUUACUUGAACAAAGCAUUGGAGCAUCUCGUCUGGGAUCCAUCGUUAUACCGACUACGCGCAAAAUGCUUGGAGACAAGAGGGGAAAUUCGUAAAGCGAUAGCUGACAUGCGAACACUUACAAAAUUAGUGGCUGAUAGUACAGAUGACCUCUUGAGGAUUUCCCAUUUGUACUACGGAAUAGGAGAUGUCGAAGAAUCACUUUCUCAAAUUCGAGAGUGUCUCAAACUGAACCCUGACCAUAAAGAAUGUUUUCCUUUCUACAAAAAGGUCAAGAAACUUGCCAAAAUGCGAGAAUCUCUGAAUGAUGCCAAACAGCAAGAAAACUGGAUGGGCUGCCUCGAGAAAGGGCAACAGAUCCUGAAAUAUGAAAGCAGUGUGUUGAGUAUCCAAAUGGAUACAUUCAGACAGUUGUGCAAAUGCAAUAUGGAGGCUGGUCACAUUAGUGAAGCUAUACAACAGUGUACGGAAGUGCUAACAAACAGUGAUCCAAACGACGUGGAUGUUCUUUGCGAUCGAGCUGAUGCAUAUUUAUUGGACGAGCGUUAUGAUGAAGCCAUCGAGGAUUAUCAGAAAGCGCAAAAGUUGAACGAAGAAUCGAGACGGGCUCGCGAUGGCUUGGAGAAAGCUCAGAAGUUGAAAAAACAAGCUGGAAAGCGAGAUUAUUACAAAAUCCUAGGACUUAAAAGAAGGUUUUUCUAUGAAGACGAAGUUCUUUAUAUGUCCCAAGUGACAAAGUUGUGUACUUAUCUCCCAUUUCUUCUAUAG